AUGCUCGCCCUCCUCCCCGUCCUCGCAGCAUCUGCCUCGGCUGCCAUCGUCCCCAACACCCCCUCGCUCUUCAUCGCCAACGGCGCUCAUGAUACCGUCCCCGACUGCCUCAAGCACUCCUACCACGGGUCAUACGGAGGCUCGGCUGCUGCUCAAGAGCACAUCUAUCUCCCCUCAGUUGAAUGCCUCUCUUCUUCCAAUCUCGAUAGCUUUACAGCUGGAUCCAUUGUUCCCCUGGAGGACUUGGGAUCUCUGGAGAAGGGCCGUAUGGUCUGGAUCGGAAAGGCUGGUGUGCAAGGUGAUGGCGAGCUCCCCAUGGAUAUCUCGGCUCACUCAUGGCCAAGCAUGUCGGAAGACGGCAAGGAGCAAGGCUCCCCGUUUGUGAUCCAGACCGAUGACCCUCGUGACACACGAAAGGAGCCUAUCACUCUUCUCCACCAAACUGCCAACUCCUUCUUGCUGCAUGUCGGAGCCUCUGCUCUUCCCUAUAUCGACACGCUACUGCCCUCAUACCUUGUGCCUGUUGCUGUACCGACCAAGCCUUAUCCCGUGGCCACUCUCGGCUGGGAAUCUGUCCCCACCAAGUACGCCAAGUAUCUUGCGGGCAUUAUCGAGAACCUGCAGUUCUCUCCUGCCAUUGACAGGAUCUUGUCGGAUGGUUUGGACCUCAAUCAAGUCAGGAGGGAUGUACGAUGGCUUACUGGAGAGUCUCCCAGCGGUAUCCAGUCGAGGCACAGCUUCACUCCAGGAGCUGUCAAGGCCGCACACUGGAUCCAAGGCAAGGUCGAAGCCACGGGAGCUACCUGUACCCUUCAGCCUUUCCUGGAAGGCUUCUCUCCCAAUGUGAUCUGCCAAUAUCCCUCCCUUCACAAUUCUACUGAGAACGUCAUCUUCUCUGCGCACUACGACUCGCGUGGCUCGUUCGGGUCUACCCGUGCUCCUGGGGGCGAUGACGAUGGCUCUGGUACUGGUCACCUGCUUGGUCUGGCACAUGCUAUUGGCAGCCAAGGCGUACAGUUUGAGAAGCAGGUCACGCUUGCUUUCUUCGCGGGCGAGGAGCAAGGGUUGCUUGGAAGCCAUGCUUAUGCCGAGUAUUUGCACUCCCAGAACGUUUCAAUAUUGUUGCAAGUGCAGGCGGACAUGUUGGGCUACCACGCUGUCGGCGAGUCUCUUCAGCUUGGCCUCCCCGAGACCAUCCACCUCCCCGAGGCCAGCUACCUGGUCGGCAACAUCUCCCACCUCUAUGCUCCCGAGCUCGUUGUCGGCACAACCGCCGCGUGCUGCUCUGACCACCAGUCCUUCGUCUCUUACGGAUUCCCUGCCACUCAGGUGUUUGAGCGUAAUGGCGACAUUGUGGACCCGAUGUAUCACAACUCGGGCGACCUUUCGCAAAGGGAGGGGUACGACUUUGAGCAGAUCGUGGCGAUUGCCAAGGUCACACUGGCUACGCUUUUGACGGUGGCCGGUUACCAGAUCGCAGAGUAG